GGAUACUAGACCUUUCAGUUGGGAGUCUUUUAGCACUCAAUGCUGUCUGGCUCGUACCGAUGUCAUGAGUGUCUUAUUUAUGAAAGACAGAAGUGUGACAAGAAGUGCAGUAAUGGUACGGGUUACAAACAGAACAGACAUGCGCCAACUGAGGGGAAUAACUAGUCAAGGUGCGACACACGCCAAAGAUGGCGGCAAAAGACCUGUAUUAUUACCCGAAACAAACAACAAACAAAACAAUGUUGACGACUCGUCAAUUUAAAUGUAUGCUGGAGAAGCAUAAAUUAUUUUUACUUCCGGUUCGAUUUCAAUCUACUUCUAACUGGAUUUCUCACUUUGCAAAUACAUUGGAUAUGCCGGAAAAUAAAAGCGAGAAUCGUGCUAAAAUAGAAAGUUUCUGGGAAGGUGCUUUAAAGGAUAUUUACGAAGAAACACUAAUGUAUGAUAAUAAUGAUGUGGUCCACAGUCCGGAUGAAUGCGUUGAUCCUGAAACACGAAAAAUAAAAGUCCCUAAAUCAGAGUUUGUUAAGACAUAUAAAAAUAGCGUCUUUUCUCUUCUGGACUGUUAUAGAUAUGAAAAUAAUGAUGCACAAACAUUAGAAUCGCUUCAGAGAGAAAUUGAGGAUCUGACUUUGAACUUCUCUGAAGAUAGUAUUUAUAAAACUAGUCCUAACAUUAUGGUAAUGUUAACUAAAAACAACUUGCCAAGUGCUAAGGAAUUCCUUCGUGGAAAGUAUCUUAUGGAUAAAGAAUAUCCCGGCAGAAUGACCAUUUAUGCAGAAAGUCGAAGUGGUGAUAGUCUAGAAACCAGCGGCUCAGAGCUAUCCGAUGAGGAGAAUAAAAAUCUAAGAUGUGUACUAUCUGAAAGUGAUAAGUCGUUGUUGGUAGAGUUAGGCGAGCACUCCAUUGAGUGCCUACUGGUUCACACCCUAGGCCAUCUGUUUAAUCUGGAAAAUAUUGUCAGUCUUGCUAGUUUGGUUGAUCGUAUAGAACGCAAUGUAAGGGAUUAUGCCUCAUCGUCAACAUUGUAUUAUAAUAGUAGGGUAUGUAAUCUAAGUAUGGAUGCUGUUGAUAAAGGUACUAAAGCAUCUAAAACUAGAGCUUAUCCCUUUGGUACAGCAUUAGUUGAAUUUUUAGUGAGUCGUGGUCUAUUGCGCUUAGUAACAUAUAAUGUUGAUUUAUUAAAUUUCUCUGAUGAUAGUGGUCCAAAGACUGUUGUCAAAAAUGUUGUCAAAAAGGGCCAUAAUUACUAUAGGAGCUCUUUAGUAUAUGCCGAAUGCUUGUUUAACCCCGCAUUACUUCCUAUAAAGUUAAACCUACCUAUGGUAUUUCCACCUAAAGAUUGGGAGCCCCACAAACCUGAACAGAAACGUAAGUUGUUACAUAUAUCUGAUAUAUAUGGUGGUUAUUUAAGCAACCCUACGGGCCAAAUCUACAGCACUCAACGGAGUAUGAGUUCUCCCGAUGCGAAGAAUUUCUUCAUCUAUUUCGGUGAAAAUAAGUAUCAAGAAAGUCAUAAUAAGCAAAAUAAGUUUUGUACUAGCAUCAGUAGCUUACAGCGUCAAUCCUUUAAAAUAAAUAGUAAUUUCCUUAAUUUUAUAUUAGAAAAUAGGGAAUUAUUAGAAGAAUGUGGCUACUUGAUGCCCGAAUUUCUUUCAAAGGUAAUACUAGCCCAUGCCUCCAGGAAACUUAGAAGUCAUUUUGAAAAGAAUAAGGAUAUUCAAACAAUAUGCAAAUUUAGUGAUGUGUACGCUCUAUUAAUAAAGAAUAUGCAGCGGGCACGUUAUGAGUGUACGAUUUUAGAUCUGGCAAAGGCCUACUCUGGAUAUUCUUUAUAUUUUCCAGCAUUUAUUGACUUCAGAGGUCGAAUCUAUCGCAGCGGCAUCUUUCACUUCCACGAGCGGGAUUUAGCCCGAAGUCUACUAUUAAUAGAUUGUAAAGAUAAUAUAGAAUAUUCUUCCCCUGAAAUUAAUAAUUAUCUAAAUAUGUAUCUAACCGCAACUGCAUUCCUCUAUCAAUCAUAUAAAUAUGAGGAGGAUGCUCUAAAUGAUAUAAAUAAUAAAUUAUUACCAUUACCUAAUCUAGAGUGUAAAGAGAACUUUAAAACGUAUUUAAAGACAUUAGUGAUAGAAUCACGGAUGGCUAAACGGCCAUUCCAAUAUUUAUCUAAUAUUUACCUAUUAUCAUCAUCGGAUUUAAUGUCUUUCGUUGAUCUGUAUAAUUGUGUUCCUGUAACUCAGGAUGCUAGCGCUAGCGCAUAUCAACUGAUGGCUUAUUUCCUCCUGGAUAAGAAUUUUGCGAAACUAACAAAUCUUUUUGAUACCGGCAGCGGUGAGAUAUUUGACAUCUAUUCUCACAUGAGAAUUGAAUUAAUUUCAUUCAUCAAAGACUCUCUUAGUGAGGAGAAUCCUGAGCUAUGCGCAAUUUUGGAUAGGGUCCUAACUAGGAGUAUAGUUAAGCAAAUAUAUAUGCCAAUUAUAUAUGGUAAAACAGCUAAUAGCACAACUAAGGAUCUUAUAGUGAGUCUUUGCCAAGAUCUCUUGCCAAAAGAAUGUACUAUACUGUCGGUUCUAUGCUUCAAAUUUUGGCAAGAAAAAUACAGUUUUAUGUAUUCGUUUAUCCAGCUGAUCAGCCUGGUAGGUCGGGUAUGCUCUUACCUAGAUCGACCAGUCUUGUACAGCACAGAAUAUUUUAGCACAUCCCAGGAUUAUAAAAAGAUGGAAAAACACUCAGUUAGAGUCUUCAACUCUUACUUGAAAAAGGCCCAUAAUGUCACACUCUCGUUUCCCUCAAAAGAGCGGGAUAAGAGGAAAAGUGGGGUAUCCACAUUCGUUAACUUCAUUCAUCAAAAGGACGCGCAAAUUGCUAUGUCUAUUGCCUUCUAUGCGAACUCAUAUAAUAUACCUCUGUACACAGUGCACGACAACUUCAUAACAAAUAUACAUUAUUGUAAAUAUAUAUCUAAAAUCUAUCUACAUGUCAUAAAGGAAAUGGGGCCCCCUCUUAAAAUCAUUAACCGCUUUAUUUAUAAAAAUAUUAUGGAGCCGGCUAUAGCGAAGGGCCUCUAUAAUAAUGUAAAAGGCUACAAUUUGAAGUCUUUUGAUGAAAGGAUCAUACCAGAGCCUAUUUUAGAUGAGUUCUUAAAAAUUGGACUCAUUUCUCCAGAAGAUGUCACGAAUGCAGCUGGUUUAAAAAAAAUAAACAAUAAGUUGAAACAAAGAUAUCAACUCUAUUGUAAUGCGGUCUGCGGAUCUAAUAAGAAAUUUGAUGAUCAUUUGUUUAAAUGGAAUAGGUUUAGAGAUGCCCUGAUUGGGGAAAAUUGUAUACAUUAUUAAAAUGUUAUUUAAAACCCAUGGGGUAAGGCAUAAUGUUCCGUACACGACAUACAGUCGUACUAGAUCAACUUCAACAUCUAUCUUAUUGAACCGGAUUCAGUCCAAUUCUAGUAAAACAUUUAUAUUCCCGCACCCUAAGUUACUAAUUCCGUCUUUGGAGUAUAGAGAACCUGUAUCGGUCCAGGAUACAGCCCUCCUCAGCCAUAGUGUGAUGUCUCUCUUAGUAAGCUAUGUUUAUCCUGUCUUAUUAGGGUACGCGAAAGCUAAUAUCAUAUUCUAUUUUAAAAAUAGAGAAGUAGGUGAUAUUGCUAAACCACUAAAUAAACAGUCUAUUCCCUUAACGUUUGAUGAUGGUAGUCCUAUUUCUAAGUCAGAGAUAUAUGCUAGUGUGUUUAGUAGUAUAUUUAAAUUAAUAGAGAUUUAUGACGGUUUUGGGGUUGUUAGAAUAGCUAUUCGAGCACAUUUUGAAGAAAAUAUCCCCGGCCCUCUUCAACCUUUAAAAGAGGAGUUGCUAGAGGAGGCUCUCUCUGAAUGCAUUAAGCCAUCUUCUGGAGAAAUCGAUAUCAGUAAUU